AUGAUCGAUUGUGCCCAAAUCCGUCUGGAAACCCUGAGAACCUACGUCAGGGCGCCUUUCCCCAAGACCGCCGACCUCAUCCAGCCCGAUGCGAAGCCGGUGGACGCUCAUUUCGAGGAUGGGUGUGCGGUGAUGUCGCUGCAGGUGAGGAUCUUUGUUCCAAUGCUCGAUUGCGUGCUUCAGCAGCUACGGGAAUGGAAAUUAAUUAGGGAUUACUUGUUUGGCAGCUGUAAAAAUGGAAUUAUAUUACACUAGGGGGCUCGGUCAAAGAAUGUGCUUUUUUGCUCGAGAAGUGGUCGAAAAUAAGUUGGAAUGGCUAUAAAUAGAUGAAGCAAGGCGCUAUGCGAAUUUUAGCAUAUAUUUCUUUGGUGUUUAUGCUCGUUUUCACCGAAUUUUUAAGAGAUUCCUUGUUGUUCGCAAAAUGGUUUGUUUUCUACCGAUUUUUUUUACAAGGAAAGUGCUUCUAUGGGGGAUGGAGUUACAGGUCGAGACAUAUCAAAAAAAUCGCAAAAUUUUUGUGAUUCAGAAUGUGUAAAAGUUAACUGCUCAAUCUUGGUUUGUAAGGGUGAAAAAAUCCUCAGAACUUUUCUCGCAACACCACGCAAAUGCCUUUUUGACCAAGUUUUUACCAAAGCAAAAGCUUUGUUUCGAGCUAAAGUAAGCCCUGGCAUCUUUACAAGCCUUUAAAUAUCAUAUUUGAUUAAUACUACAUCUUCAUUUGUAGUUCCAAUAUAAAGGCCUGUCAAGAUGCCAGGGUUUACUUUAGCUCAAAACAAAGCUUUUGAUUUGGUAAAAACUUGGUCAAAAAAGCAUUUGCGUGGUGUUGCGCGAAAAUUUCUGAGGGUUUUUUCGCUCUUACAAACCAAAAUUCCUGCUAAUUUUUACAUAUUCUGAAUCAGAAAAAUUUUGCGAUUUUUUGAUGUAUGUCUCGACCUGUAACUCCAUACCCCAUAUAAGUACUUUCCUUGUGAAAUUUCUCCCAAAGAACAAUGCUAAAAUAGUAAUAUUUUUGCGCAGUCAGCUGUGCUGCCCCCUUCAACAAAUCUACCGCUUCCUUCCGGCCAAUAAUUAUCGCAUUGUUCUAGAAUUUCUGCCCGUUUUGAGUUGAAUCCCUAUUUUCGGAAACCCUUGUCGAAGAGGACAACACUUUUUGUCUUCAAACAAUGUCAUGUCCGUUUCUGAGUGUUCCAGUGUUCGAAUUACGGUAGCCGAAUUGAACAGGCUGUUGUUUAUGAAGGUAAUUUGAUUUCGGUUCCGAAAAUGGGUUUCAAAGUGUCGGAGGAGGCGGGAUUCAUGCCAAAUUUGUUGCACAACCUAAUGACCCAUUGCGUCAUGAAAUAUAGAGGUCUUUUAUAGACGGUCUGUCCGCUUUUUGUUGAGGAAAACGAAACUGAGACGAUUGGGGAAACCGAAAAUUAUUAUUUUUCUUCGAUGCAUGUGUGAAAUUAGGAUAAUCGAGGGUGCUGAUUUCGAAAAUGAAAUUUUUUAUCUUUACUUUUUUUCUUAACUAGUACUGUAAAGUAGUAAUUUUGAAUUUUUUUUUCAUAAAUACUCGAUUUAGGGGUUUUUGAUGGUGCUGAUUUCAAAAAUCUUAUUCAUUUUUUUCUGAUUUGAAAGCAGCACCAUCGAAAACCCUCAAAUCGAGUAUUCGUGAAAAAAUUCAAAAAAUUAUUACUUUACAGUACUACUUAAGGAAAAAAGCGAAGAUCAAAGAAAAAAUGAAUGUCAUUUUCGAAAUCAGCACCCUCGAUUAACCUAAUUUCACACUUGCAUCGAAGAAAGAUAGUACUUUUCGGAUUCCCCAAUCGUCCCAGAUUCCUUUUCCUCAACAAAAAGCGGGCAGACCGUCUAUAUAGGACCUGUAGAUUUCAUGACGCAAUGGGUCAUUAGGUUCCAACUCCGGAGGAUAACAUUUGAAUUUCAAGUUUAUCGCCAAAAAGUGAUAUUUUUGACCUAAAUCAAUGUUUUCAGGCCCAAAAACGCACUCAGGAACACGGUCGCUUCACGGUGACGCCCGUCAAGGAGCCGGCGUCCACGGCGUACGAGACCUUCGACCAUCUGUCGGUGGAAUGUUCCGGCUCCGCCGCCGAAAAACGAUCUCUUCUCACGGUGUCGCCGGCCGACUCCACGGACUCGGGCGUUCCGCCGUCGCCCUGCGCCUACGAGGAGGACACGCUGAGCCCGUUGCCGGGCCCGCUGCCCCGCUUCGACUUCAAGGCCACCCAGCAUUCGGGGCCGGUGAAUGCGCCCAAGUUCAGGGCGCGCUCGGCCAGCGAGUGUCUGGACGUGCGGCGGUUCGCGUCCAAUCAGUUGGGUCGGCAGAACUCGGUGAACUCCUCAAAUGGUAGGUGAUUUGAAAGUUUUUGGGGAUUUUUGAAAGAUUUGGAAGGGUUUUGGCCAAUGUACCGGUUUAGUGUAGUGGUAGUGAGUUAGGAGUUGGUUUGAAAAGUCGCAAGUUCGAUUCCUCCCUUAAUCUGUUUACUAAAAAUGUCUGUCAAAUCCUGGCACAGACAUUCCCCAGCACUAUUAUGAAUUCCCAACCCCACUUACCGGUAACCCGACUCGAUUAAUCACCCCAUUUCCUUUCAAAAACAACCUUAAUUUACCCCCCGAGGAAAUCGAAUCCCAAAAUUGUGAAUAAUUCAAUGUUUUUCACGGCUAUUGUUACAUCGUAGUCAGUGGGGAAAAAAUUGUUUAUAGUACAGCCAUGAAUAUUCAUAAGAGCCUGCGGCGAGGUAAAAAUAAACCGGCAAAUUGAGUUAGAAAACCCACCGAAUUUGGAGCGAAGGCAGCUGCAAAAGUGUUUCAAAUCCAAUUUGGGGCCGAGCGCCGCGAACGCGAUAUGGUAGGGAACGGCGGGCCGGGCUCGCAAUUAACAUCAACUUGACGAAAAUGGAGCGAAAAUUGUGUUUUUGACAUGUGUUUUUGGAAUGUUUCCGGUCCAAAAAAUUGUCCUUUUGACGGCCAAAAAUACACAGCGACCAUGUGCGCCCACCGUGAACAACACUUCAGCUCUAUGGAAAAUGUAUAAACGCUCGAGUACACGCAUAAUUGGGAGCUUGGACAUAAAAAUUGGAGGAGAAACGGGAAAUUUUGUGUUAUCUUAGGCAAUUUGAAGUAUUUUGAGAGAUAAUUUGGAGAGGAAAUGAUGUCUGAGGGAAUGUAGAUCAUUUUUUAGAGUAUUUGACAUCGAAUAGUAAAGGUUGGGAUCAAAAAAUUGAAGAUAAUUUGAAAAAAUUUAUAUUACUUUAGGUAAAUUUUUAGAAAAAAUGUUUCUAAAAUGAACCUAGAAUACAGUUUACUGUCGUUUAUGAAAUUUUGCUGCAGGCAAUUUGAACUUUUGCCUCAAAAAAUCAAGGAACACGGCAAAUUUAUAUUCUUUUACGUUAUUUUUGGCUGUUUUUGACGUGUUUUUCGGAAGGAUUUAGUAAAACAAUACUAUCAAUCGCUCCCUCAAAGUGAUUUAUGAUAUUUGCCCUAAGGCACUGCCCGCUCUCAUCAUAGUUUUGCAGUUUGUCGCUCUUUUGAACUGCAGUUAUUGAUAGUCUCGGGAAUUUGGCGAAACCCCUCGGCCCGUUAUUAAUUUCCUCGCGGUUUUUUGCCCCAGUUUUUACACUCCAACAACCCUCCGACUGAAUUGCAUAUGAAUUUUAAUCGGAAUUUUAUCAGCCAACGGGAAAGUCGGCGACUUUCCGCGAUAAGCCCGGAGGGGAAAAUAACAAAACUGUUUUGUACACAAGAUAUUUAUGAUUCGAAAAGGGCAUUAUGAGCAGUUGGGGAGGUAAGGAAGGGAGGAGGUUUGAAAAAAGUUGGAAAAAUUUGUUCUUGAGUGAAAAUGUCGUUAAAAUAUCUUAAAUACGGUAAUGCAUCAAUUGAAAAGUGGUUUGCUGGCAUUUACAGUGGCGGACCUGAUCCAGUGGCAAAAAAACGUAUCAUUUUGCAUCCGGGAAGUAUCAAAAAAUGUGGCAAAAUACCUCCCUCUCCAACUAGAGUUUUUUCACUUGGAGAGGGAGGUAUUUUGCUACAUUUUUGAUACUUCCCGGAUCCAAAAUGAUACUCUCUUUGCCACUGAGUCAGGUCCGUCACUGUAGCAGCCAGCAAACCGCUUUUCAAUUGAAGCAUUCUCGUAUUUUAAGUAUUUUAACGACAUUUUCAAUCAAGAACAGAUUUUUCCACUUUUUUCAAAUUUCAUAUGCCGGAAAAGGAGAAAAAAAUAACGGAAAACUGCAAAGAAACGGAAAAUUUUGGCAUAACUCAACUUCUUCACCAUUUUUUUGCUUGAAAAAUUAAAUUUCGGUCCUAAAAUACGACGUAAAUUAUACGACCAUCCGUUUCAGACUCGAGCAUUUACACCCCGAAUGGGACGGGCCUUCGUUCCAUCCUCAAAAAGCCCAAAAUCUUGCCGCCGGGCAUGGGAAACACGCUGGUGCUGGCGGGCCAGACCCUCAAGCGAAGCGAUCGCCGCUUCGUGCUGGCCCGCUCCGUCUCCGAAUGCCACGAUGAGAGCUUCAGAUUGGACAUGUCCUUCGAGCAGAUCAGCCUGGACGAACUGGUCUCCAUGGAGGAUUUGAGCACUCCGAAUUCGCCUCUGAGCGUCUGCGAUGAAUCGGAGGAGUUCGAGAAUAGCAGUGAACAGGAUAACGGGGAGGUGAAGGGUAAGAUUUUUUUGAUACUCGGGAUUUUUUGAAAUUUUUUACGAUUUUUGGGAUAUUUUGGACGUUUUUUGCCGAAAAAUUUCAAAAAGUUGCACUUUACCUAUAAUUUUUUGACUAUAUUUUGAACCUAGAGCUAUUUACAAAUAUUUGCGGGCUAUUUUAUGUCUUUAACUUCAAUAUUUCCCCCAGAAUCAACUAUAUUUCCAUGUUUUACAAGGAAAGUACUUCUAUGGGGUGUGGAAUUACCGGUCGAGAUAUAUAUCAAAAAAUUCGCAAAAAUUUUCUGAUUCAGAAUAUAUAUAAAUUAGCUGCCUAAUUUUGGUUUAAUGACAUGUUUUUGUCCUCAGAAGUUUUCUCGCGACACCAUGCAAGUGUCUUUUUGACCGUGUUUUUACCAAUAAAAAAAUUUUGUUUUAUGCUAAACUAAAUUCUAAGGCCAUGACAAGCCUUAAAAUAUCAAAUUGGAUUACAACUACACCUUAAAAGUAGUUCCAACGUAAAAAAUGGGUUCUAAUGUGGCAAAAAGAACCGAACCCGUUUCCCUCGGAUUUCCAACCCAGCGCUCUAACCACUCGGCCACACCGCUCUCUUCCGAAGGAAGAGACCGAGCGCGCUUUUGUUGCCGCAGAUUUUUUUCCUCGAGAAAAAGAUUUAUUGAAAAAACUCGCUGAUAGACCAAAAUUAGGCAGCUAAUUUAUAUAUGUUCUGAAUCAGAAAAUUUUUGCGAAUUUUUUGAUAUAUAUCUCGACCGGUAAUUCCACACCCCAUAGAAGUACUUUCCUUGUUAGAUCAAAAACCCCGCGUGAAAAGGGUCAGCUUCAAUGAACUGGUCCAGGCUCGGGUUUACCGCUCCAGCUCUUCGAUCCUGGCCUCCAAGAAUCGUCAGGAACGCCGUCAGCAGAAGCGGCAAAGCGUUCCGCGCCGCAGAACCGACUCCGAUGGAGCCAGCGAAGAAGAACAGAAGGCUCCAAAACAGUCCAAGAAGAGCGAUGAGGAAUUCGUCGCACCUUUGGCUGGCUCAGAAGGCGAAGGUAAGGAGUGUUUGAGGAGUUGGAUUAGCUGAUUUGGGAUAAAUUGACAGGGGAAGUACUUCAAGUGUGACGCUCAGAUUUUCUUUAAAUUUUGCACACACAUCGGGUAUGGACUAGAUAUCAAUUCCUGAAAGUUUUAGCUCGCGCUUUGCGGGCGCCGCCGAGAUAUUGAACGAUUUUUGCCGCUGAGAGAGCACGCUCAACGUGGAGAGCGGUCAGAGAGAAAAGCGCUUUUUGGCCAUAACUUUGGCAGUUUCGUGCGGAAAAAUUUGAUUUUUUGUAGAAACAUUAUUCUUUACGGUUGAAAUAGGCAUGAAACUUUUCGUGCCGAAAUUCGGCAAAAAGUCCCAAAUUUUCGCCGACUUUCGAUCUAAAAAUCUCGGUUGUUUCUGCAAAACGCGAGCUAGGAUUCCCGCAUAUAUCUUAGAAAAAAUUAUUCUAAAUUUGUGCCAAGUUUCAUCAAAAUCUGAGCGUCACACUUCAAGUACUUCCCUUGUGAGUUGAUUUUGGGCGAAAUUUCGAUAUUGUACACGGUGAGGUGGACAUUUUGCGAUAUAAUUUGAUGGUAGAUGGAAGUUAUCUGCUGAAAUUUGAAAUGGGGUUAGGUGAGGGUAUGCAGAACGAUUUAGAAUAGCUGGAACAUAAUGCCAAUAACUUUUGAGUUUUCGUGGUGGGGCCCAAAUUCCUUAUAGAUGAAACUCGCAAAUUGACCAAAUUUGACCGCAAAAUGUUUCAGCUGAUCUCACCCAACGCCGCGACAGUGGAAUCGAGGAGGAGGACUCGGAGAAGACGCUCACCGCCCCACCCAAGCAACUCCAUCGCCUUCUGUCGCGCGACUCGGCCCUCGGCGAAGACCUGGAGCCCUAA